GAACCCACAACGCCCUUGCCGGAGAAGAAGGAUCCCUCCCCUCCAACCCCACACACCAACCAACCCAGACCCGGACACAGGCCAUGGCCGACGCCGCCGCGCUGGUCGCCGUGCCGCCGCCGCAGCAGAGGCACCCGCUGAGCCAGAUCGCGGCGAGCGGGACGCACCGGCUGCUGCUCAAGCAGUGGCUCAAGGAGGAGGACCUGCUGGCCCGCCGCGUCGCGCUGCGGGAGGCCCGCCUCGACGGCGCCCGCAAGGAGAUCGCCUUCCUCUACUGCGCCUUCUUCGCCUUCCACGCCGCCUCCGUCCUCCUCCUCUUCCUCUCCGCCUCCGUCCCCUCCUCCGGCCCGUCCUCCUCCACCUGCCGCCGCUCAUGGAUCCCCUGCCUCGUCUCGCUGCUCUCCUCCCUCGCCAUGCUCUGGGCGCUGCGGUACAAGGCCGACACGGAGGCCGUGCUGGAGCGGGUGCUGGCGCGGGAGCAGGAGGACGCCGCGCUGCUCGCCCGCUGCGUCGCCGAGCUCAAGCGCAAGGGGCUCGACUUCGACCUGCUCAAGGAGGUGGACGCGCUGCGCAGGGCCAAGGCCCUCCGCGUCGAGGCCAAGGCCGGCUCCGGCGCGGCCGCCGACGGGCCCAGCCGCUGGCCCGCCAGGGACCUCCCCGUCUUCGCCCUCUUCGGCGCCGCAUGCGGCGUCAUCGUCCUCACCAGGUUCCUGCUCUGCAACUAGGACGGAUCUCACGAAUCAUGAUCCCUUCCGUGCUCAUCAGGACUUCGAUCGCUGGAUCGAUUGAUGAAGCUUACUGCUGUUGUUUAAUCCGGCAGAACUGUUUGUUCUGCGAAUUUUGAUGUCUGCAAUAAGGAAAAGUUUGUUGUGCGUUCGAUUUUGUUUCUGUGGUUGUACCGGCUGAGAGCGAAAUUAACCUUCUCAAACCUCAGUGUCAAUAGCCAUGAAGAUAUAUGUUAAUCCCCUAAAUUUGAUCCUCA